GUUCGUGCCACUUUAUUAAUGCACACUGUGCCAGUUCUUGCUUGAUUGGUAGGAACAUUUGGGGAACAAACGAUUUUUCACUCUUUCAAAUCAAAUGUUAGAAUCUUACUAAGGAAUGCGCUUAGCUUCACCCCACUAUCUUUUUUCAGAUUGUAUGCUCUUCGUUUAUUUUGUUGUAAUAACUUUUUAAUAUAUUUCCAAUUACUUUAAUUUCACUAUUCUAGCGCCUAAAGUCUUUUUUCUGUAAAUAUUUACACUACAUACUCUCCGAUUUAUUAACACUUUUCUUCACAGCAAUAUUAUUAUUUAAAAAGUGUGUUUUUGUCUCGUUGGCCGUUCACUAUCCGACCACAGAAAAAACAUGGAACCAGGUUGUCUGGGCGAAAAUGACGGUCUGACGUUUUGGCUGGCCAAGCCUGAAGAUUAUGAUGAUAUCAUGUUCAUAUCAAAGGAUAUAUACUGGGGUAAUGACUACCUACCGCACCGAUACCAUGAGUGGAUGGUCGAACCGGAUCGAGUUGUCAUACUGGCAAGAAGAACAGGCAAGCUGGUGGCAUUAGAGUCUGGGAUAGUGGUGGAUGACGGUCAUACAGUGGUGGUGGAGGGUUUACGGGUGUGUCCCAGCGAGAGAGGUCACGGAGUGGCAGGGGUCAUCCAGAGAUUUGCUGAUGGCUACAUGAAGAAGCUCUACCCCAGCGUCAAGAUGAAGCGGCUGACCCGAGGAGAUGAUCCGGGGCCAGAGAAGCUGUCCAAGUUUCAACUGCUGGCCAGGAGGGCUAUUCUGUCCUUAUCCGGAGAGGCAGAGAGUUUUGAUGGGUUUAUCUCAGCCCUGAAGGCGAAGCUGACGUCAACUGAAGGAGCGGGUGGGUCAGGCGGCAGACACCUGGAGACGGAGCAGCAGCUCAGGGCCGUCUUACUGGACCCAGACAUCGGCUCCAGGCUCCAGCUGCCCGGUGGCGCGAUCAUUCAGGACUGGCAACCCCUGCGGCCAAUAGACAGCAACCUGGCAGUGCUGAGGAGGCGGAACCUCACGUGGUUCGUGGGCGGCUCCCAUGACACACCCACAUUUGUGAGUUUCCACACACCGCCGUACCCGGUGCCAUUCAAAGUGGGAGCCGUGCGUCUCAACAUCGACCUGUUUGGAACGGACCCGGCCAUGGGGCGCAGGGCACUGGUGGCCCACCUGGAGGAGGUCAGGGCAGAGCUCAGGGGCAUGGUGAUGAUGCAUGUGUACAUGCACAGCUCUCUGUGGGAGGGCCUCAGGCUGUUCUGCCAGGGGGGUCGGGUGCAGCAGUGCAAGGCACACUGGGAGCAGCUCUUCCUGGAGAAAGAGCUGUGAUGGAGAGGAGAGAGCUGGAACACGAGAUGAAGGGGAAUGUGUGUGUAUGUUUGGAUUUGCAUGGGCCUGUUUGUGUGAUAAAGGGGGAGAUUAAGAAAGUGUGGCUGACUAUUGAUAAAAGAACGGUAAAAUACAAUUUAAUUUCCUAAAUUAAUUUGCAAACAGGAUGGUUUUUAUGUGAUAGUCUGGAAUGAAGACAUUAAGGAACAUUUCAUUUCAGUGCAGGAUAAUACCGUAAUGGGUAUUGAUAAUUAAGGUUAUUGUAUGUCUGAUUCCGAAUAUUGUAAAAUUAAAUCAUGUGUAUUAUUCUGUAUCAACCAAAGAUUUUUUAUAAUAAUUUUAUGUUUGCAUGAGGUGUCUGUCAUACAAACAGGCUUUUCUUUUACGAUCCAUAGGUGGAAGUUCACAUACACUCUGAAUAUAAUAUAUAUUAAUUUCACAAUUUAUGGAAAUAUCAAUAUUAUAUAAUCAUAUAAUAUUAAUAAUAAUGAUAUAGUGAGGACUUAUGUAGUAGCAUAAGUGACAUGAAAAUGUAGUUGGUACCUCAUGUAUAGCAAGGACUUGAGAGCAGCACUGCUGUCUUUUCAAAAUGAUGAAAAUCUAAAUAAAGAUUUCACAGGUAUGAAA